AUGGCUUGUACCUUCUUUUGCAAAUUGCUCACAUAUUUAUCCUCUGAAUAUGAGUUAGAUGUUGUUCUUAAUGACGAGGUCAAUAGACAGUCAUCGAGGCAUCAUGGCAAUCGCCAAUGCCGUAAGUUUAUUAGGCGUGAUCGUAUUCAAGGACAUGAGCACCAAUUUUGCGAUUAUUUCGCAGAAAAUCCAAUAUAUCCCUCAAAUAUAUUUCGAAUGAGAUUUCAGAUGAACCAUCUCUUAUUUCUCCGUAUUCUAAAUAAGGUAGAGUCUUACGAGCCGUACUUCAUCCAGAGAAGAGAUAAUGCCGAAAGACUCAGUUUAUCUUCUAUGCAAAAGAUAAUCAUAACACUUAGAAUGCUGGCGUAUGGGGUUACUGGAGAUUUUAUGGAUGAAUACAUACGUAUUGAUGAAAGCACCGCGAUGGAGAGCCUUAAAAAAUUUUCUGAGAUAAUAGUAAGUGUUUUUUCAUAUGAAUAUUUACGGUCUCCAAAUGCCAAUGAUAUUACUCGAUUGCUUGCGGUUGGUGAACAACGGGGAUUCUCAGGAAUGCUGGGAAGCAUUGACUGUGUGCAUUGGAAGUGA